AUGCAAAAGACCUCGGAGGAAACACAAAGCACCGGAACCAAAGGAAGGGAUAAUCUGGGGGGAGGGACCAAAGGGAGCCCCUUCCACAAACAAAAGGAAGAAGAGGAUAAGUCCAUGAAGGAUCUGAACAGAAAAACCCCCAGGAGUCCUAAGCCCGCUUCCCAAACGGACGUAGGGAGGAUGGAUGGACAAAAGAGAGGGAGCGAGGAAGUGGAAGACGUCUUCUCAAACUACCGACUGGAGCCAAUAGGGGCGCGACAGGGGAGUGGGAGCAGCGAGGAAUCUUUAGGGAACAGGGGAACGAAUCACCUAUGUAACAACCAACCACAUAAGCCCAGGGAGCGUCAGAAGUCCAGAGGUCAUGUCAAGGAAGAUAGAAGAGACUCCCCAGCCGAAGCCGGACUUAGUGGACCAGAACAUAAGGAAAUUCAAGAGAGGCCCAACAUAGUGAACCCAGGGGGCCGAGUGCCCCCAAAAAGCGAAGGAGAGAUUACGGAGGCAAUGGAGAGUAAAACAGAAGACCAUGAGGGGGCGGAGGGACUUGACCACGAGGGGAGUGGCAACUCUCCGCCCAGUCGGAGAGGCCCUCCCCGAGGAAGCCCGAUUUCAGGGAAGAAAAGUUUAGAAUAA